GUUUUUGUUGUUUUAUUGUCCGUAAAGAUGUUCACUGUGAUGUGAGCGUUUAUUAAAACCACUGUCUGUUUUGCACCAUAUUUCUGCUAAGUCACCGUAUACUACUAGCAUACUAAUACAAUGUUUACCAUAGAAGCACGUGGUAAAAGUAGAAAAAAUGCCAUGAAAGUGUGUUAUAUUCACUGUUCAUUGAGUUCAUCGUUUGUUUACUGAGUCGUUAGGUUAAAAAAAUACUGAGAGUUAGGUUCGUAACCGAGUCGUUUGGUAAAGAUUCGACUCCUUUGAACGAUUUGUUCAAGGACCAGGCAUACAUUCGCUACAUCCCUUUGAGAGGUCAUGACUCAUCUGAUCACAAAUUAAUAAAUUCAGCAAGGAGCCAGCAUGAAUCAAUUCAUCUCGCUACAUAUUUUCUUUGUACGCGCUCUCGUGUAAAAAGAUCUUUGAUUUAGGACUUUUUGGAGCGCUUGGAACCUUUCAUCAUGUCACCACAUCCUGUGGUUCAGGCAAUAAUAGACCUCUCUGCUGGUGCUAUAGGGGGCACAGCUUGUGUAUUUAGUGGUCAACCUUUGGACACCGCUAAGGUGAAAAUGCAGACAUUCCCCACUUUGUACAGAGGCUUUGUGCACUGCUUUGUGUCUACAUACAGACAGGUGGGCCUUCGAGGGCUGUAUCAAGGUACAACACCGGCCCUCAUGGCCAACAUCGCGGAGAACUCUGUGCUCUUCAUGUGCUACGGCUUUUGCCAAGAGGUGGUUCGCUUCAUCUCUGGUCAGGAGAAAGGGGCUGUGCUCAGUGACGUGCAGAAAGCGUGUGCAGGCUCUGUGGCCUCUGUUUUCUCCUCUCUGGUCUUAUGUCCCACUGAGCUGGUGAAGUGCCGACUGCAGGCCAUGCAUGAGAUGGCAGCUUCCGGCAAGAUCAGGCACAGUCAGAACACAGUUUGGUCCGUGACAAAGUCCAUUAUGCAUAAUGAUGGUUUUGCAGGGUUCUUCCAGGGUUUAACCCCCACAAUUGCACGAGAGGUGCCUGGAUAUUUCUGUUUCUUUGGAGCAUAUGAGGUCUGUCGCUCUCUCUUUGCUGAUUACAUGCACUGUGGCAAGGAUGACAUAGGUGUAGCUCCUAUUGUGUUCAGUGGAGGUUUUGGGGGAGCUUGUCUCUGGCUUGUGGUUUACCCCAUGGAUUGUGUUAAAUCCAGAAUACAGGUCAUGUCGAUGACAGGCAAGCAGUCAGGCUUCUUCAAGACUUUCAUGCAUAUCUUCAGAACGGAAGGUGUAAGGGCUUUAUAUUCCGGUCUGACUCCUACAAUGAUCCGUACGUUUCCAGCCAACGGUGCUCUGUUCUUAGGUUAUGAAGCCAGCCGCAAACUCAUGAUGGAACAGUUUGAGAGCUGACCCUGUAACAGCACGCUUUUAUUUCUCUGGUCAGAUUUUGAGCCUUUUUAAAUGACCAGUCUAUAGUUUUUCAUUCAACAUGUCAUGGUUUGCACACACUAACACACAUUUUUUUAUGAUGCUUUGCUUUGUUUUAUUUAUUUUGAUAACACUUUACAGUAAGGUUAUACUUGUUUAGUGAGUUCAUCGGGUAUCGUGAACUAUCAUAAAGCAUUUAUUAAUCUAGGUUAAUGUAAAAAUAUACUAUUGUUAAUACAUUGGUUUAUAAUAAAUUAAUGUGAAUGUAAACAUUUAGGGCAUAAUGUUAACAAAUUUAACUUUACUGUAAAGUGUUACCAUUAUUUUUUAUGUUAUGUGGCUAAACCUAGGUCUGAAGGUCUAAAAACAUUUCCGUUGUGCUAGUAACUUUAUUCCCAUCAUGCCUUCAUGCCUACAAUUGGAAACAUUUACUCUAUAUACAUGCAAUUUUCAGGCUACCUCUGUAUUCUUUGCCAGUUUUGUAAUUCGUUAAGUCCCGUUGAAUGAACUAGAACUAUGCAAUUCAGUUUUGAAUGCUAUUCUCUUGAAUACUUAUGGACAAAAGGAACAUUUCCAUUAAAACCUGAAUGAUCUGACUUCCAACAAACCCUAGUUUUAGAAAUACACUAAGUUUGUUUAAUCAGCAUAACCAUAAGCAUUGUAUGUUUGGGUUUUCAUUUAGUAUUUCAAGUGAGGGGAAGAAUGCCUUAAUCAUGAUUGCUUAAGUUCUAAUAAGGAAAUCUGUGUUUAUGUGAUUAACCAUUAAAUUUGGUUACUGGAUUGAUGACUUAAUAACGUCUUAUUCACUUUGUAACAUUUCGUAUUCAUUUUAAAUGUUUGAAAAGAACAAACCUUUUAAAAUUUAGACUGUCGUUGUGACAGUGUGAUGUUUUUGUAUGUGAGCCUAUGCUUCUUAUACGUUCAGUCGUAGAACAUUUACACCACAGACAGUCAGAUCAUUUAAAAAUAGUGUACUUUAAGUCAGCUGUACAUUAUAGCAGUAUUACAUUUUGUGACAUCUUCGAAUCUGAAAUGUACUGACUGUAAAUAUUCUACAAUUUGAUUCUGUUCUGAAAGAGUUAGGUUUGUAUAGUUAAACACCAGCUCUCUACCGAACUGAAUAACUUUGUAAAACCAGGAUUGCAUUUCAUGUGAGCUAUGUGAUUUUUUUUUGUGUUGUUAAAGAGAUUUGAAUUAACUUGAUACAAAAUCAUAGAUUUCUGGGGAGAAUUAAAUUGUGUAAAUGUGAAUUAAAGUCUGACAAAACAUAUCAACCA